GUUCAAAGUUCAGGGAUCAUGUGAUGCUCUUCUACAAAACAGAGAGGAGGAAACAAAACUCACCUCCUGAAACUUUUGGGUUUUUGCGGCACUCUUCCUGCUUUUAGUCUUUAUUUUUCAGGCUUUCCUUGUUCAGAGACGACAUGAAGAACUAUCUAGCACCGCUGUUUGUGUUUUGCGUUGCUUUGCUUGUUUACGCCAAGCAGAAACAAGGCGACAACUUCACGUCGAAUAAUGGAACGGUAGGGUCCAAAGAUGACCACUUUGAUUUCAUGGUGUUCACCCAACAGUGGCCGGAGGCCUUCAGAAUGCAGACUGGACCAGAGGUUUCUAUACCGAAGAAUGUGACAGGAUGGACAAUCCACGGUGUCUGGCCUUCCCAGACAAAAAAAGAGGCACCCAACUUCUGUAACAACACGUGGCACUUCAAUGAAAGUGUGAUCCACGACCUGAUGCCGCAGCUAAGUCUGUACUGGCCCAACCUGCUGAAGACCAACAACCUGUGGGACCACGAGUGGACCAAACACGGGACGUGUGCGGCCCCACUACCUGCUCUACAUGGGGAACACAACUACUUUGCCACGGGACUCAGGCUCAACGCCAAGUACAACAUCACGGAGAUGCUAGCCACUAAUAACAUCACCCCAUCUGCCGACAAGGCGUAUGCUUACAAAGAUGUUGAGGGAGCCAUCAGGAAGAAUGUGAACAACAUGUCGUUCGUCAUGCAGUGUUACUAUGACAAGAAGGCAAAGAAACAAUACAUCUCACAGGUUAUGCUAUGCUUGGACAAACAGUUUGGCCUCCUAGAGUGUGACAAGUACCUGAGCGAGGGUGACCUGUGUUGGACCACCGAGACUAUCCAGUAUCCACCCUUCCAGUAUGGCUAUAACUAGGGCCACGCAAUCUUCAUUUCAUCUUUAGGAGACUGCUAGCAUCAUUUUUAAAAUCAUUUUUAACCUUGUUGUGACUACAAGUGAUGUGGCCUUGGAAUCAAUUUUGUUGCCAUACAUGAUCACUAGCAGGGAGUAGAGGGUAAAAUAUGGAUCAGCAUUAUCAAGAGUUUUCGUAGUCACCAUGUUUCCAUUCACAUCUUGCCAAAUAAGUACAUGUUCAAUCAUAGUAUGUUCAAAUACAAUUUCUAGUGCAUUUAUAAAAAACUCAGUGAAUUACAGUCAAACUAGUGCUAGUGACCACUAUGUAAAAGAAUCACCUAGCCAUAAUCUCUUGGUGGUCCCUUUGGCUCUUUUUCCUCUGACCAAAGCAUUUUAAAAGGCCUUUGCCUAUAGUGACCACUUGUUGCUGUGACCAUUUUCUUUAUGUCCCUUGAGUGGUCACUACCAUAUACAGGUUUGACUAUGUACUUAGUAUGUUUAUAUGCAAUCAUGCCAUGAAUUCCAUAACAGUGUU